UUAAGACGUUUGCACUCUGCAGAUGUAAGGAUGACUGUCUUACGAAAACUACAGUGUCAUCACCGCUAUAUCAUCACGCUCUUGAGCUCAAUGACCAUCAUGUUAUUUUUGUACUUUCAAAACUCAGUGAAGGUUUUUACCUACGAUUCUUAUCGUUAUGUCUUCGAGCAAGCUCAGUGUGCAUGUCGGACCUGUGUGCUCGACCGGAGAGGUAGUGACUGGUUUAGUGUGCGUUACAAACCCACCACACCACUUCUGCUGAACAGCCACAACAGUGUGUUACGUGCAGACGUGUCUAGAUGGUGGAAGGGUCUACAAAAUGUAUCACAUGUUGGCAACUACACUGAGGUGGUGGAGCACCUGUUUUCGCUCUUCCCAGAUAAAGAACACUAUUCAGAUGCUGGUCCAGAUCGUUGCAGAACCUGUGCUGUUGUGGGGAACUCAGGGAACCUCAAAGGAUCCCAUUAUGGACUUAUCAUAGAUUCUAAUGACUUUGUCAUGAGGAUAAAUAAGGGUCCAACAAAGGGUUAUGAGAAGGAUGUCGGUUCUAAGACCACACACCGGUUUAUCUAUCCUGAGAGCGCUUCAGACAUGGACAACUCCACUCACCUGGUGCUUUCUCCCUUUAAAAUUCUGGAUAUGGAGUGGCUCAUCAGUGCUUUCACCACUAAACACAUUCAUCUAACAUAUAUGGAAGUGCCAGCAACAGUUAAAGCAAAUGAGCACAAGGUGAUGAUCCUCCACCCAGAAUUUAUCAAAUAUGUCCAUGAUAACUGGACAGCGAAUCAUGGCAGAUAUCCAUCCACUGGCUUUUUAACACUGAUAUUCGCCCUGCACAUCUGUGAUGAGGUGAAUGUUUUUGGCUUUGGGGCUACGAGAGAUGGAAACUGGAAUCAUUAUUUUGAUGACACAUUGACUUCAUACGUUAAUGGCAGUCAUGGUGGAGACUUUGAAUAUAUAACAAUCAAUCGGCUUCAUCAGGAGAAGAUGAUUUUGAUGAGAAGCAUUGGACAUGAAGUAGGUUAGACUGUGUAAACAUUUCUGGAAGAACACUUCCUCUGUAUUUUUUGAUACUGCAAUCUGUUGUCAAAUAGUUCUUCAGAAGCACAUUUCCUCAUGGUGGGAAGGACAUAGUAGCCCUUCAUAACAUCACAUUUUUCAUGAAUUAUGCCAAAUAUUGCCAGUGAUAUGAAACUUAUGAUGUAUGAAACUUGUGGUAAAGUAAAUAUAGCACAAAAGAUUUAGUUCUUUUUUACAUUAAAUGAGUUAAAGCGUGAACUUGAAAAUAUUAAGUAAAUUCUACAUUUGUGCUUAAUUCAUACAUGUAGAAAUUAAUGCUUGGUUUAUAAGUAAAUAUUAUUUAUUAUUGUUUAUCUUUUUUAUUAUCUGCCAACACUUCCGAUUUUACCAGGUUUCUCCCGUUUUUCCACCCGACCUCCUGCUGUACUCCCGAUUUACAAUUUCUCCCAAUAAACUUACGAUUUUCUGCAUCCACACUUUGCUCAUGAGAAUGUAUUAGACCUCCAGGUAGGGUUGCCACCUGUCCCGUAAAAUACAGGAUGUUGUUUUGACUUAUUGGAAACAUAGAUGUUUUGAAAUAAAUGAAGUUACAAAAGUUACGCAACGUUCGUUAACAUUAGACAUAAUGAUUGAUAGUCUGAUAAGGUCAAACGUUGUAAAGUUUUUAUAACUGCAGGAUAAUCUGGCCAAAUAGACCACGGUAAUAACUAAUUUAUAGAUUGUCAUCGUUACCAACCAGUGGUCAACAUCAUUUCAAGACUCACAUGUCUUUGGCAAUCCUAGGAGGACUAAAGGAUUUAUUUAUAUACAUUAUUGCUGUUAUAAAGAAAAAUACACACGUGUGCUAUCAAGUGAACAGUUCGCACAGAUU